AUGGUGGAUGGGGUACUGGGGGAGUCAGUAACUCUUCCCCUGGAGUGUCCUACAGGAGAGGAGAUCGACUCCAUCACCUGGCUUCACAGUGGAUCAUCUAUCACCGUCAUACGGCCAAAUAAACCAUCAGUUCUGGUGACUGCUCCAAAAUGGAAAGAUCGACUGCAUGUCAUCCAGUCCUACUCCUUGCAGCUGAGCAACCUGAUGAUGGCAGACGCAGGAUCAUACAGCAUCCGUAUAGGCACAAAUACCUCUUCAGUGUUUUCCAGUUACACUCUGAGGAUCUUCACAGAGCGGCUGCCAAGGCCUCACAUUAGCGUGGAGUCCAUCACCUCUGAGAAUGGGAGCUGUCAUGCCACCUUGAGGUGUUCUGUGGAGGAAGAAGGAGACAACGUCAUAUGUCAGUGGACACGAGUGGGACCAGGGGCUGUUGUGUCCCAGGAAGGAUCCAUCCUCAAUGACUCCUGGAGCCUUGAUGAUCUGGAUUGGAACUAUACCUGCACAGCUAUGAACCCUGCUAGCAAUAGCAUCUCUAGCCACAUCCUUGCUCGGGAGCUUUGUGCAGAUUCCAAGGCAGCUGCAGGCACUUAUUGCCCAGUGACAUGGAUUCUGCUGGGGAAGGGGCUUCUUCUCCUCAUGGUCCUGGGGGUUCUAUGAACUUGGCACAUCCAGACACAGAUGCUCAGCAAACUCCUUAUGUCUAACUCAGGGCCAUGAAGGCCACUAGUGCCCCA